AUGCCAGUCAUGUGGCACAUGUGGAUCGUUGCCGGUUCAGGCAAUGCAAAUUUCUAUUUUGCGGCUACGUUGAUUUAUAAUGUUGCACAGAUAUAUCUCAUGAUCGAUUUGAUGUUCGCCUAUUUCCGACGGGAAGCGGAUGAGAUCUCAGCAUCGCUUGUCACCAGCAAGACUAAUUUUGUUUUACAUUGA